AUGUCUAGAGCAGUUGCGGCGCCUGAGAGAAGUAACUCUAUCCAAAACCCUUUCCCUCAACGGGAUUGUUCAGCACCUGCCACGCCUUCAGCCAAUCCAGAGUCAUGUUUUGAUACUGCGCUACCGCCGAUGAGUUCUAAACAGCUCGUCACUACCCGUCGAUCCCCAGGUGGACUAGAAUCAUCCAUCCUCUCCAGUCGAGUCGGAUAUCACCAGCACUCGACCACAAUAAACGGGACCCCUCUUGGUCACCGCCGCACUGGAAGCACGUUGAAAACAGUCAUGAGGAAAAUCUUCACGCGUAAGAGACGAAGUCAGGCGGACGAACUCGAAGAUACCCUACAAGACUUUCAAUUUAGCACUGUAACAUCUGGAUUGGAUCGGAUCGGUGCCAAAUCGCCAGGACUGUCAAAAUCUGCCAGUUCCCAACAAACCAGUGCACUCCGACGGCAUCAUGAGGAACUGACUACCCUCGAUAUUGUCCUGGAGAAGUUGGACUCACGGCACCCACGACAAAGACGAGCGACCCUGCCCAGUUUAAUAUUUUCUGACGACGAAUCACGGCAUGCUCUUGAAGUAGUGAUCAACCCCGCAUCGGGGAGCCGGCCCCUGAGUUCCAAUGCGAAUAGCGACCCGGAUGAGACACAGCGGCGGGAACUACGAAAAUUUAAACGGCGCUCACGGAGUGCUGGCGCUUUGCGAGGUAUGGCUAAAGACCACCGUAUGUCCCCAAUACAGUGGAGGCGACGGAGCAUAGAGUCGGAUUAUGUGGCAUCAACCACCUACGGCAUGGCUUCUGGUAGUGACUUGUCUUGUCGACCUCCGUCUAGGACCUCGGCUGCUAGCAUUCCUAAGCCUGCAGAGCUAUCAGUCUUUGAGGAAGAGGAACUGGAGGUGGAAGACGAUGAGGAAAGCAUCCAGAGCAUACCUCCAAAUGUUGGGGAACUCAUCAACUCCAUGCAGCAUGAUGAAAAUAUUUCAUUAGAACAGCGGUUGACAACGCUAGAGGUAAAACUGAUUGACCUGGAAUUUGCCAUUGCGCGGAUGCAAAGCGGGCGCGGCGAAACACCGACAGUAGGACACAAGACUCCAUCGCCAGAUAAUGCUCAACAUAAACGCCACGAAUUCCCGAAUCAUUCCACUCCGUCUGGCAGCGAGAACUCCCCCACCGCAGAGCACGUACCAGGAGGGGAUCGACCUUGGAGUUCCAGCACUAUUCGCCCAAGUCUUAGCGAGAUUCACCGGGCACGCGCUUUGCAGGCACCAUCCAUGACCUCAUUGAGCGACGCUAGCACCAUUUCUGUGCAACAAUACAGUGCACUCGUCAUGUUAUUAAGGCGAGAACAAACCGCCCGAAGAAACCUGGAACAACAGGUUUCAUGUCUCCGAGAGGAUAUCCAGCGUCUGCAAAGGAUACCGUACGAUUCACUCAGUGUCGGGACGAUGUACCCUAUACGAAGCGCAGACUCGCAAGAGUUCCUCCGCAUGCGACAAGACGUUGCUGAUUCGCCGGGGAGCUCUCCUAUCCGGAUAGAGGAGAAGUUUUCCUCGCGCUACGAAAGUGAUUCCGAUUUCGAACGGACGGAGAAGCGCUCUAAGGAUGAAAGCUUCCGAUCGAAAUGGCAGGCAGCUCGAGGAAUCGAAGUUGCCAACAUGAUAUAACCCACCACAGCACGUUCAAAUUUUUUUCCACUUAUAUACUCCCUUACCUUCCUUGACGAUCUAAGAUACCAUGUCGCAUUUCACUCAUCUUUAUCUUCAC